GUCACAUUGAAUGUGCCCUGAGACGAGUGAAUAAUCACUCCAGAGAAGAGAAAGAAGAAGAAGGAUCGAGGUUGUGAUUUUCACGGACAUCUGACAAAAAAAUCCUUUAUUUUUUGAAGUUUUUCUUUUUGGGGGAGAAAAUUAAAGGAUGAAUAUUGAAGAAGGGAAGGAAAGAGGAGCAACCAGUGGCAAUUCCCCUCAGCCAGGAGCUGCAAACUAUCCUCCACGGUCGGUGAUCUGGUUUCCUCAACCGAUUUUGCCAUCUGCUCCUCCGCCACCACCUCAAUUCUAUGCCCACGGGUACCAGACUGCUCAAGGAUAUCCAGUUUCUGAAGGAAUACAAAUCGUAAAAGUAGAUGGCCCACUUCCUUGCUGUGGUAUUGGUAUCGGCUGGUUACUGUUCAUCCUUGGUUUGUUCGUUGGUGUUAUCCCCUGGUACGUUGGAGCAAUCAUACUACUCUGCGACAAAGGCUAUGACAAGAGAGAGAAACCUGGACUAAUCGCUUGUGCAAUUGUUGGUGUCAUUGCUACCAUUGUGAUUGUUGUAGCCGUGGCGAUCUUUUAUCAUACCUAGAUUCCAACUGAUGUUGUUGUAUCAUCGAUCCAAUAAGCUGGUGGUUUGGUUCAAAAUAGCCCAACUAGCAAGGUAUCUGAUUUAAGAAUGUUGUCAUUUUCAAAGAGAUCGAUCUUUUGUAUUUGUGUAUCUAACAUGUUUCGAUCAGUCAUUGGUCGGUAUCCAACGAACUUGAUUUUUCUCAUCCUUAAAAGAACUUACCGAGCUCUAAAAAAAUGAUCGAUUUCCAUCA